GUAAUAGUGGAGAAGUGGGGAGCAGCUGCGAGAUUCGGACUGAUCCACUUGGUGGCGACCAAUUUGUCCCUGUGGGUUCGACUGAUCGUGUACGAAAGCGUCAAUGAUUUGAUCCGCGGCGUGUACGGCGGUCUGCCGCCACCGUCACUGUCGCCGUUUGGCGCCGACGUCGGAACCUCUUCGGGUCUGAAGCAUGCCAUCAUUCAGCGAGAUUUAGAGCAUAAAUCCAUGGCUUUCAAUGGACCAAGUUACGAUCAACAGGCUGGUCUGCUGACCGACGUCGUCGGUUCUGAUGCAGUGGCGACUGCGGUCGAAAGCUGCGUUUGCAAUGCGGCUUCCUCGCUGCUGAACUCGUCCCACGUCAAGCAGGUCAUCGGAAUGUACGAGUGUCUCAACAACAACACCUUGGGUCAGAUCUGGAGCAACUCCAUGUCCCACCUUUUCCCAUUCAUCGUCGAGUACAGAUUGAAAGUUGAGAUCCACUUCAGCCUGAUUGCUGCAGCUGUGACGUACGUCAUGUGGAAGAACGUGGGGAAAGCGAAAGCAAAGCGGGAAAUUGGAAUGAAAUCUCUGCUCAGUGGUGACGACACUCUGGACUCGAGGAAACGCGGACAUUUCAGGGUCGAUUGCCAGAGCUCGAGCAAGGGCUUGUUCCUCGGACUGCUGUGCCUGGUCGGUGGGAUCGUGGUGCUCAUCAUCUUCUACGUGAUGAAGGAGCAUGUGGACGACAAAGAGCAGUUGUACAUGAUGUACGGCGUGACUCAGGUGACGAUCGUGGCACUGGGCGCCGUGGCGGCCUUUUUGGGUCUCUUCCAGCUGCCGAGACUCGCCUUGUCCGGCAAGAAACCCAUGGACUUGGACCGCCUUCUCGCGUCGACAGUCGUCAUCGGUGUCUACGUUUUUGCCAUUUUCGGUGUCAUCGUCGGGCUGAGCAACAUCGACGACUUGUCGCAUUCCUUGCUCGUCGGGCUGCAGGGAGCUCAAAUUCUCCAGGUGUCGCUGCAAAGCCUAGUGAUAACAGACGCAGCCCGACGCUUCUGUUCCACUCGUCACCAAAUGCUGACGAAACCCGGUCGCCAGGUGAUCACGUUCCUAGUGUUCGCCAAUGCGACCCUCUGGCUCAUGGACACAUUCAUGGCCCACGAUGCCGUGACCCAGGGCCUGCAGGCCCGUUUCUUCGGCCACCUGACCUGGGGCGUCUUGUCUCGGCGCGGAAGUGACGCGACAGAGACUGUGAAUGCUGAUGACGAUUCCUUGUCGACGUCGACUUCGACAUCGUCGUCGUCAGUGGGAAUCGUGGCGAAUCCGUUGUUUGUCGACGAAGACCUGGAUUCUGCCGACUGGAACGGAAGGAUCCAGUUGUGGAGAAGACCGGUGAGUCGGCGACGACUCGUCGAAAGCGUCGCGUCGACAUCGUCGGACGCGGAAUUGUCGACAUCAACGAGGACGAGACGACGCAGCGACGUUGCCGGGCUCGUCGACGACGGUUGGUUCUUGUUGGAGAAUGUACAUAGCUGUUGUGUCGUCGACGGAGUGUCGUCGGCGUCGUCGUCAGCAAAAUCGGCAUCGUCGAGGCCCAGGUCUGUCGCUGUCACUGCUUUGCCGUCGACGAGGACGAGCGUCGCUGUCGCUGCUGCUUCCAGCUCAUCCACUGACGGCGACAAGCCAUUUAAGAAGUUACCCUGGCAUGCCAAUCUUCAUCUGCUGAGGACGAAAUGA